GUACUAUGGUUGAUUUCUGGAAUACUGUACAACAUCAGUUUUAAAGAAGGCUAGCACGUGUUGGCGGUGUUGGAUGGUUCUUUACUUUUUACCUGCCAUCUAUUUAGUUUUUUUUACAGUUUAAUAGUUAAAUUUGCGUUUUAUGCGCUUAUACUUGUCAACAUAUAUUCUCUACUUUUCGUAUCGUUAUAAAGUUACACUUAUAAUAUUUUCAGCUUUGUUAUAAGAACACUCAAAUUAUUGAAGUUACUUUAAAAAAAUGGUGUUUAUUAGAUAAUCGUUAUAUAAGUGUGACAGGUGCAUUAGCGUAGGUUUACAUAUGAGCGAAUGAAUUUCAUUCAGAUUUUCUUCAUGCAGCAGUCAGACAUGAAUACGUAUUAAAAACACGAACAUAUGGUUAAAGAUAAGUUACAUGAAAAGUAUGUCGCCAUUUUCCCUGUUCCUUUUUUUAGACAACUACUGAAAGGGGCACGUGCAGAUGCUGCCAUGUUGGUUUAGGUAAAACUAUGCAAAAACAAAAAAAUAAAAAUAAAGUAAAAAGUCGUGAAAUUAUGAACCGCAAAAGCAUUGAGAAAGACAUAUCUGAUAUGGACACUAUGGUUAAUUGUAUGCAAAUUGGUACUUCCACAGUCAAAAUUGAAUCAAAGGAAGAUGCUAUGCGACCCAAAGAAUCGAUUGCUGAAUCAACAAAAGAAGUUAAAGAUAAAGAUAAUUAUGAAUUUAGAAAAGAAAAAGAUAUCACCGAGCUUCAUUAUGGACAAAUACAAAAAUGCGAUUUAAAUUUGGAUGAAAAAAUAGAAAAAGUUACAAUAUCAGAAACAGAUGUUAUCGAAAAAAAAAAUAAUAAAGACGUAGAUUUAGAAGAAACUCACGGUACACUUAUGACAAAAGACGUUGUUGAUCAUAUAGCAGUAUUAAAAGCCAAAACAGAUAAAGAACUAGUAAAAUCUAUUGUUGCACAGAAAAAUGAAGAAAAUUCUAUAGUUUCAGGAUUGUGUAUUGAUGCAAAGGAAGAUGAAAUAUGUACCAGUGCAACAAAUCUGAUAACAUCUGCAACUAAAACAGCUCCAUUACUAAAGUAUACAUAUUCUGAUGAUCAAUGGAGUCCUUUAAAUACAAGUGGAAAAAAAGUCUAUGGUCGCGAAUUUUUAAUGAAAUUACAAAGCGAUCCUAACAGCAGAAUCAAACCCUCAAAUUUACCUGAUUUAGAUGUUGUACUUAAAGAUAAUACAAAAACGAAAAGUUCUGUAGAUUUACGAUUCAAAGAUACGAAUCUGGGUCGUCAUGAUUCCCUUUUUCCAGGAUUUGUCAAGUCUUCCUUGAGUGCUAAGGUGCCACCUUCCAAUAAAAAAAGUCAUUCAGGAAAACCUAAAACUGGCAAACCAAAUGUGAUUCAUGUUUCACUUUCUCUCCGUGAGGAUGUUAAAUUACGUGAGACUGAAAAUGCGUGGAAACCAACAAGACUGGUUCAAGGAUCUCUUUCAGAAGAACAGAGCAAAAGUGAAGCUCUUUAUAAGAAGGUCCGCAGCGUUUUGAAUAAGCUUACUCCCCAAAAGUUUGAUACUUUAGUUAAACAAGUACGAGAAUUAAAAAUCGAUACGCAGGAGAGACUUCAGGGAGUUAUUGAUUUGGUGUUCGAAAAGGCUGUCGAUGAACCCAAUUUCUCAGUUGCAUAUGCUUUAAUGUGUAAAGAACUUUCAAAUAUGGAAGUUACAGGUGCUGAUGCUGGAGAUUCCAGCUCAGCAAAUUUUAGAAAGCUCAUCUUAACACGCUGUCAGACUGAAUUUGAAAAAAAUACAGUGGAUGAAAAUGCUCGUAAUGAAAAGUUAAGAGAAAUAGAUGAAUGUACAGAUCCAGAAAAAAAGAAAGAGCUCCAAAUGAUUUUUGAAGAAGAAGAACGAAGAAUUCGUGUAAAAUCUGUUGGUAAUAUUCGUUUUAUUGGUGAACUGUUUAAGCAAAAUAUGCUUACUUGUAAAAUAAUGCACCAAUGCAUCCGUCAUUUACUAACUCAAAUAGACGAAGAAAACCUUGAAUGUUUGUGUAAAUUAUUGACUACGAUUGGCAAAGUUUUAGAAGAUAAACAAAUCGACUUGUCUGAUCAUUUUAAACAAAUGCAACAAAUCGCAAAUCAAAAAGGUAAAGUAAGUUCAAGGAUUCGCUUUAUGUUACAAGAUGUUAUUGAUCUAAAGAUGAAUAAAUGGAUACCCCGAAGAGACGAUAGCAAUCCGAAAACAAUGGAUCAAAUUCAAAAAGAAGCAGAAUCAGAAAGAAUGGAUAACCAAUUGAUUAAUUCUUCCCUUAAUACACCUAGAAAAGAUGAACGAACAAAUGAGAGAAAACGUAAUCGAGGGGCAGGAUCAAUGGAAGAAGGUGGUUGGAGUCAACCAGUUGGAAGGACAAGGCAACAACCCUAUUCAGUAGAAACUGCUAAACUAAAAAGCAAGCCUCCAUCGAUAGAUGAUACGCAGCUUGGGAGUCGGUUAAAUUAUAUGUGGAAGAAUACUCCAAAAAUUACAACAAACAAAUUUUCUUAUUUAGAAAAUGUUUCCUCCGACCUUGAUAAAAGAGUUCCUCCUAUUCAUUUAUCUGGGUCACGAUCGACUGGUCCGAGAGAUUAUGGCCGUUUGGAAUAUAAAACUAGUUAUGAUGGCCGAACUGCAAGGAAUGGCAGUUAUCAGUUGUCUAAUACGUUAUAUAAUAAAGAUACUCCUGUGGUUGAAACAUCGCGAAGUCAAAGUAUGUCUCUGACUUCAGUCACAAAAUCUGCAUCACAAACUAUCCCUGCUGUUAAUAUACCUAGACUUUCAGAAGAGGACUUUCAAAAAGCUUUAAACAGCUUCUUAGAAGAAUAUGUUUCGGGUGAAGAAGAUAUUGAGGUAGCGGUCAAGAAAUUUAAGACAAUAUUUCCUGUUUCAUCACACGUUUCUUUUGUUCACGAAAUCAUAAAUGCCGUUUUGGAGAAACCAGAUCAUCAUAGGAAUAAGACUUCACAACUUCUUGCACAACUGUUAUCUCAUGAAUGCAUAAUAUUAUCGCAUUUUAAAAAAGGCUUGGAUAAAAUAGUUGAAGCUUCUGGUGAUCUAAUAAUAGAUAUUCCGAAAUUAUGGAAAUAUUUCGCCAAAAUUUUAGUGCAUCCAACCUUAAACAAUACGUACCCACUCGCAGAAUUAAGGUCAUUAGCAAAAAUACGAGGUGAUAUUGAUGUUUUAGAAUUGGUAGCGGAAUUGUUAUCGGAGCUGUUAGACGUAAAAGGGCCUUCGUGGGUAUCCGAAAUCUGGAUAAAAAGUGAACUAGAUUGGACUAAUUUUACUGACGAUCCGAAAAGAAUUGAUGAAAUUAUUAAAAAUUACAAAUUUAACUUUUUGACUGAAGACAAUCGUGCAAACUUUAAGAAUGACAAUUCUGUUUGGAAUGUCGAGCAGAUUCAAAGCAAAUUAUCAUUAGUUUUAAAAGAUGGAAGUUUUGAUGAUAUUUGUAGUUGGAUACAGACUAAUAUUAGUGAUAUAACUAAAGAGCCUAAAUUUAUACGUGCUUUAAUGACUGCCAUUUUGGAAACUUCUGUUGAACAGUGCAAAGACAAAUGGGUUUUAAAAGUAGAAAUUUUUGAUAAAUUGCAAAAAUUAAUCCAACGCUAUGUAGACGCAGAUGCGUAUUUAGAACUACAAUGCCUUUUUGCUGUACAAGCAUACAUCAGCAAAUCCAGCCAUCCUGCAGGUUUGCUGCUCAAAAUUAUGACUUAUUUGUUGGAAAAUAACGUUCUUUCAAAUGAAGCUUUUCUAACCUGGGAAUCAAAUAAGGAUCCAGCGGAAAGAGAAGGAAAAUCCGUAGCACUGCUGACGUUAAAGUCAUUUUUUAUUCCGUUGAAAGAAGGAGAUGAUAUAUCAAGUGGAGAUGAAGCGUGAAAUAUAGAUCUGUAUUUUUGUUGAUUUCUAGAAAUUUACAGGUUAUUUCUUGUAUUAUCAGACCAAGUCUUUUGUUAUAUUGUAUGUCUUUGAAUGACAAAGUUAUUAUAAGACUUAAAACACGGUAUAUGUCAUAAAUUAAAAGAGGCCAAAUCGCAGAUGGUUUUUCAAUAUAAAUAUAAUUUACAGUUAGCAAAAAAUAAAACAAAUGUGCAGAAGUACGUGUAAUAUAGCCUAAAAAGUAAAGAAUAAGCUAAACAAAUAAUUUACUUAUUCUAGAAACGGAUAAAUAUUAACGUACGAGUUUAUCAGUCGUAUUUGAGAUACGCUAUACAUAAUGGAAAUAAAGAUUUACUAAUAAAUAAUUAAUAUGAUAUUAAAAUAAAGACAUGGAAAAUGAUAUAUGAUUGAAUAAUAAUGAUUUAAAGUAUAAAUAAAGUGAACCAAUCUGAAGUUUA